AGAACCAAAGUCGUCAUUAAUAAUUUAUGUUACCGUUUCAAGCUUCAAAUGUGGAGGAAAAAAAGACAAAAAACGAAAUUCGGAUGAAAACUGGUCUAACUCGCGUGUUUAAAUCACCAAGCAGAGAACAACAUAUUCAUGCAGUCCGCAGUAUAUGGAUGAAACAAAAAGUGGCACAUUUUCUUUACUUUUAAACUUUUAAACGGAUCGUGUGCGAAACAAAUAUUUAAAGCUUGGCGUUGACAUUAAUGUGAACGCUCUGGUUUUCCCGCGACAUUUAGCAGCAUCGACAGCUUCUUCCACUUUCCGUAGCAAAUAUAUUACGAAAAAAUAUAUAUUGUGCGUUGACAGAGAAAAAUCUUGCCUCUUUUUGAACCAAUGAAAUAAAUGAUACUUACCUUUACGGAUGAGAUUACAGUCACGCAUCAUCUUUUAUUUUGAGUAUUUUAAAUCUUAAAAAUAUUCUGCGAUUGGAUGUAGAUGCAGGAAUAGCGAUUUCAUAUCCUAACAAUCAUGUCGCCAAGUUAAACUAGUUUUUAAAAUCGAGAUAUAUACAGAAACUUCCUGGAACGUUUGAAAAUUUCCUUCAUUUUAAGUUUUUUUUUUUUUUUUCAUUACAUUUCUAAUUGUCCUGUUUGACAUCGCACCGGAAGUCUGGUUUACCACAAUAAAUGGAAAAAAACACGGGCUAUUGUUUUAAAUCUAUGAAAUUCUGUUUUGGGGGUAAUACACUGCAUCGAUUUGAGCUUUCCGGGAACUCCCUUCAGAUUCUUAACACUUGAUAUUUGGAAAAAAGAACUCAGGUGGACACAGUUGAAAAAAGAGGCAAGCCAAUCAGAUUGCUCCUUCCCCCUUUGGCCAAUGACAGACGCCACAUUGUUGUCAAAUUUGUCUAAUGAAAACGUAGGAGCAACAAUAGAGAGAGGAGAGAGGGAUCUGUAUCCACUGACAAUCUCUGGAGGAAGUUAGUGUCUCAGGCUGCGGCGAGUAACAACCUCAGCUCCUCCUGGACAGUUUGAACUUUCUGUCGGGGAGGAAUGAUCGCUCCUCUCUGCUCAGACUCUUGUCGGAUUUAAAGUUGACUUUAAAGUCAGAUUUUUGCUUCUUCGGCAGAGAACACUUGGACAGUUUCCACCAGACUUUCGAUCAUAAAUUGUUAUUUUUUCCCCUCCUGUUUCUGUCUGACAGCAGAAAUCGGUGGCUUCACCUGUUGCCCGGAGGUGCUAAGAACCGCCGGACAGAUGUGAUCAGUCCAACGUCGGUUUAACUAAAGCAGAUCGUUCAAACGUCGCCGAUUUCUCGUUAAAACGUUAGUUUUGCUGGUGAGGAACGCGGGCAUGGAUCUGAGACCGGAGCUCCCCACAGCCUCCUCCGCCUCACAAGUCCACCCCGGAGCGGCGGCAGCGGCCGCGGCAGCCUCCAUUCCGGUGUCCAUGGCCGGUAACCUGCUGCGAGGGCCCCCGAUCCUCCUGCGGGCCGCAGACAAGUACCCGCGCACUCCGAAGUGCGCCCGCUGCAGGAACCACGGCGUGGUGUCCGCGCUGAAGGGCCACAAGCGCUACUGCCGCUGGAAGGACUGCAUGUGCGCCAAGUGCACCUUGAUCGCAGAGAGGCAGCGGGUGAUGGCGGCUCAGGUGGCGCUCCGGCGGCAGCAGGCGCAGGAGGAGAACGAAGCCCGGGAGCUGCAGCUGCUCUAUGGCACGGCGGAGGGACUCGCUAUCGCCGCCGCCAACGGCAUCAUCCCACCCCGGCCGAACUACGAAGUGUUUGGUUCCGUCAGCAGCGAAAGCAACUCAGCAGAUUCAAGCAUCCAGAAAUAUGAGCUGUUUCCUAAGAACCAGCUCUCCGGGUCCGCCACACCUCAACCAUCUGCGGGGAAACCGGCUUCCACCGAAGGUGACUCAGCCCCCGGCAUCUCGUCCCCGGACGGCCGGCACGGAGGCUCUGGUUCGGAGAACGGGGAUAGCGAGUCUUUCAUCAGCUCACCGGUAUCCAAGCCUUUGAAAGACGGAGAAGAAACUCCAGGGUCCGUCAGCUCCAUCGGCUCGGAUUCGGGUUCCGAGACCGACAAAGAUGAGCAGGAGCCUUCCCCUUCCUCUGCGGCCUCUCGGCACAUGAACGCCAUCGACAUCCUCACCCGAGUAUUUCCCAGCCACAAGCGAAGCGUCCUGGAGCUCGUCCUGCAGGGCUGUGGCAAAGAUGUGGUGCAGGCCAUCGAGCAGAUCCUCAACAACAGCGGCGCUCAGGGCCCCAACAAGGCCGGGCCAGACGAGACGUGGACGGCAGAGAGGAUGCUCCAAAAUGCGCAGCAGCCUCCGGCGGCAUCCGCAACCACAACAGCCCCGACGAGGCCCAUGCUCCCCGGGGCUAUGACGCUGAGCAACCGCUCUGCGUUUUCUCCUCUGCAGCCAAACGCACCGCACUUUGGCGCAGACCCUAGCACCUACCCGCUGGGCACACACUUGGGACUGAACCCGCUGCGGCUGGCCUACUCUGCGCACAGCCGGGGACUGGCUUUCAUGACACCUUACUCCACCACCGGGCUCAUGCCCACUUUGGGCUUCAGACCUCCAAUGGACUAUGCAUUUAGCGACCUGAUAAGAGACAGGACAAUGCUGCACAAGGAGCAAGGCUAUGCCAGCGGCCUGUAUGGGCCUUUGGUCAACAACACGCCGGAGAAACAGUGAAGCCGGUGGACUGAUCAUAGAGACACAUUCCAUUGUAUUUGUAGCCACAAGUGUUGAAAAUGUGUGAUGUGUUCUGGCUACGGGCUGCUGUACAUAAUAGGAUUAUCUGGCUUGUAGUCAAAUGAUCUGAGAGGGAUUUAAAAAAAAAGAAAAAAAAAGAAAAGAAACUAGACCACUUAUGUGUAACUCUCCAAAAUAAUUUUAUAUGUUAGACCACAAAAGUUUGAAUGGCAACCCCUAUGUUUGAACUUUACUACGCCAUCAGUAAAAUGACGUAAAACCGAAUGUAUUUAUAGACUGCAGAAUGAAAUGAAUCCCGAUCAGGCUGGAAGAGUAAAAACUAAACUGACACACAAAAGCAAAAGUACGAAGUACGAAGAAAUUAUUUAUCAAAGAGUUCUGACUUUUUAGAGCCUAUCAAAUUUUACCACAUACACACGCGCGCGCGCACACGCACGAGUAAAAUAAGUUAUUAAAACACGUAGUUUACUUGUUAACCCCGUUUCCUGCUGUAAAAGUUGAUCUAUAACGUGUAAAUGCCAUUCAUGUUUCUUUUUCUUAUGUAUUAUUUCAGUUAUCUCACCUUUGUAUUUCAUUUUGUUUUUAGUUUAUGUCCAACUGCCUGUAUUAUAUAUUGCAUUUGGUAAUAUGAAAUCACUAUGCCUAUAUUUGACUUUUCAUUUAUCCAUUAGUCAGCGCAAAUAUUUUGUGACAAAGUGUUGGAUUCAGUUAGUUCCUCCUCAGAUGUUACACGCUGUGCUGUCACAAUGUAUCAAAACGCUGGAAAAAAAUAAAUGUUAUUUUAAACAAGUGGAACAUCACACUUAUUAAUGAUGCUUUCACGGAUAAACCUUUCCUGCGUAAAAUCUAUUUAUUCUGCAAAGGUCACCCCAGAUAUUCUGAUAUGGAAAGGACACAGAAUGCUAUCAAUUUACAGCAAAUCCAAGGCAUUUCAUCUGGAUAGAUAGCAGGGUUAAAAAUGACAAAUAUAACAGUACAUUCUACUUCUUCUUUUUUUAACAAGAAAAAAAGGACAUUUUCUACAGAAUCUUACAAAGCAGACAGAAUAUUUUAUAUUUAUAAUCCAGUCAGGGCCAAUCUGGCUCACAACACGCACACAUCUGACUUGACACAAAUAGCCAAUAUUCCCGCUAUAAUAAAACAUUUAAUAAACUAACUCCUUUGGGGUUUUGACUCUUCUGGUUCACUCAGGGUCAGACACAGAUGUUUUUUCUUCUCGCUCUUAUAUAGUUUGCCCGAUAUUACUACAGCCACCAGCAUAGUUUCAAGUACAUGUAGAGCGAAGCUUUGAUCAAUAAGUAGCUGUACAGGAGAACAAAAAGUUUUUUUUUAAUGGUAUGAGAUUAUAUGCUUCUGUAACGCGCCAGCAGGUCAGAUUCAGCUGGUGGACACCCGAAGGUUCCUAUAGUUGGUUUACAGUAACGUUCCCUUCAUUAAAUCAGCGUGUUGUAUAAAAUAGUGACAGUUACAUUUUCCAAACUACAUUUGUUAAGGUGACUAUGCAGAUUAACUCUGUAGGUGAAACAGUUGCAUGACUGCGUAACGUCACAACUGCCGUGAAAUCGCACACAAGAAGAAAAAAGUGUAAAGUUUAUGACUGUAACUGGAGAAGAAGGUGAAACAAAUUAAACGUUUA